CGUCAUUCUCUUUGCGAAAAGUAAUCGGUUGGUUCGUCGUCGGUCAGAUAUUCUGACGUAGAAAAACCUUAGUGGACGUCUGGGAAGUUGGUAGUGACGUGGCCAUUUAGGCAAAUUAACUUAACUAUUGUUCUUAGUCAACUGCAACUUUAAUUGCAACUAGCAGGAUGAAGUAUUUCCUGCUGCUAAGCAUUUUGCUUUUAGCUGGAGCGCAUCAAAUUGUCGCAGAUGACGUUAAUGAUGCUGCUAGCGCGGAAACCAUUGACUUGAAUUUGGGAUCUUUCAAGGAAGCCUCCCGCACAGAUGCCGAGACGCUGAAGCGCGAAGAGGAAGCUAUUAAAUUGGACGGUUUGAAUGUUGCGCAGCUGAAAGAAAUACGCGAAAAGGCUGAGAAGUUCACUUUCCAAACGGAAGUGAAUCGCAUGAUGAAGUUGAUCAUCAACUCGCUGUACCGCAACAAGGAAAUUUUCCUGCGUGAACUGAUUUCCAAUGCCUCCGAUGCCAUCGAUAAGAUUCGUCUCUUGGCUUUGACCGAUCGCAAGGAACUCGAAUCCAAUCCUGAGCUGCAUAUUCGUAUCAAAGCGGACAAGGAGAACAAGGUGCUGCACAUUCUGGACUCUGGCAUUGGCAUGACCCAUCAGGAUCUUAUCAAUAAUCUGGGCACAAUUGCCAAGUCCGGCACUGCCGAUUUCUUGGCCAAAAUGCAGGAUCCCAGCAAGUCCGAGGGACAGGAUUUGAAUGAUAUGAUUGGACAGUUUGGUGUUGGUUUCUAUUCCGCUUUCCUCGUUGCUGACCGUGUGGUCGUCACCACCAAGCACAACGAUGACAAGCAAUACAUUUGGGAGUCGGAUGCCAACAGCUUCAGCAUCACCGAGGAUCCACGUGGCGACACCCUGAAACGUGGCUCCAUUAUUUCCCUGUACCUGAAGGAUGAGGCCCAGGACUUCCUUGAGGAGGACACAGUUCGCGAAUUGAUUCGCAAGUACUCGCAGUUCAUCAACUUCCCUAUUCUGAUGUGGUCCAGCAAGACUGUGGAUGAGGAAGUGCCCGUGGAGGAGGAAGCCAAGCCUGAGAAGACAGAAGAUGAUGUCGAGGAGGCUGAUGAGGAUGCCAAGGUCGAGGAAGACAAUGAGGAUGAUAAGCCAAAGACCAAGAAGGUGUCGAAGACCAUCUGGGAUUGGAUGCUGAUCAACGACAGCAAACCCAUCUGGACGCGCAAACCUGCCGAGGUCACCGAAGAAGAGUACAACGCCUUCUACAAGAGUUUGACCAAGGACUCGAGCGAACCUUUGACCCAAACACAUUUCAUUGCCGAAGGCGAAGUCACCUUCAAGAGUUUGUUAUACAUUCCAAAGGUUCAGCCAUCCGAAUCCUUCAACCGUUAUGGCACCAAGUCCGACAACAUCAAGCUCUACGUGCGUCGCGUUUUCAUCACCGAUGAAUUCAACGACAUGAUGCCCAACUAUUUGAGUUUCAUUCGUGGUGUUGUUGACUCUGAUGAUUUGCCUUUGAAUGUGUCUCGUGAGAAUCUGCAACAGCACAAGCUGAUCAAGGUGAUCAAGAAGAAACUGGUACGCAAGGUGCUUGACAUGAUUAAGAAGAUCAACAAGGAAGAAUAUGAGAAGUUCUGGAAGGAGUUCUCCACCAACAUCAAAUUGGGUAUCAUGGAGGAUCCCAGCAAUCGUUCGCGUCUCGCCAAGCUGUUGCGUUUCCAGACCUCCAAUGGCAAGAGCGUCACCUCGCUGGCCGAGUACGUGGAACGCAUGAAGUCCAAGCAGGAGCACAUCUACUACAUUGCCGGUGCCAACCGCGCUGAGGUCGAGAAGUCGCCUUUCGUUGAGCGUCUGCUGAGCAAGGGUUACGAGGUGCUCUACCUCGUUGAGGCUGUGGAUGAAUACUGCAUUUCUGCACUGCCCGAAUUCGAUGGCAAGAAGUUCCAGAACGUAGCCAAGGAAGGUUUCAAGCUCAACGAGUCGGAGAAGAGCAAGGAGAAGUUCGAGACACUGAAGAACACUUUUGAGCCUUUGGUGAAAUGGUUGAAUGAUGUCGCCCUGAAGGAUCAGAUCUCCAAGGCUCAGAUCUCUGAGCGUUUGAGCAACUCGCCUUGCGCUUUGGUCGCUGGUGUCUUUGGCUGGACCGGCAACAUGGAGCGUCUGGCUAUGUCGAAUGCCCAUCAGAAGGCUGAUGAUCCACAACGUAGUUACUAUUUGAACCAGAAGAAGACAUUGGAGAUUAAUCCCAGGCAUCCAUUGAUGCGUGAGCUGUUGCGUCGUGUCGAGGCUGAUGAGGCCGAUGAGACUGCCAAGGAUAUGGCUGUUAUGAUGUUCCGCACGGCGACGUUGCGUUCCGGCUACAUGCUGCAGGAGACUUCCACGUUUGCCGACAGCAUUGAGAAAAUGAUGCGACAAACGUUGGGCGUGGCUCAAGAUGAACAGAUCGAGCUCGAUGAGGAGGAAGACGAUGAUGCUGAUGAUGUUAAGGCCAGCAGCAGCAGCGAGGCGAACACGAACGCCGAGGAUGAUGAGGAGGAGUCACAGCACGAUGAACUCUAAUUCCAGUCAAUGAAAUUUGUGUAAAUAUAAGAGAUCUUCGUGGCAUACAGACUGACUUCACAAGUAAUCCAUAACGCAUUUUGGGGCACACACAGGAAUACAGUACCGUUGCAUCAACAGUACUUGGCUCCUCCUUAGCCACGUGCCUAGUUUCUAAGUAAGACAAUUUCGUAAUAUUCCCAAAACACAUCAAGCUCUCUGUGUGCUCAAAAACAUAAAACGUAAACUUUAUUCAUAAAUUAUAAACAAAUGAAAAAUGUAUGAAAACUGAAUGCGCUACCGUAAAGAAAAAUAUAAAUGAAUUGCUAAAUGUAA